AUGGCUCUCCAUCUCACCACAUCACUUGGCGGUGCGGUGUUCUAUCCCACCUGUUUGCGGCUCACGGUUGGCGCAUUGGGCACUGGGGUCCCUGACCCUUUGGGGUUGGUCAGUUUGCCAGGCACGUACAGCGACAACGACUCUGGUAUCUUUUAUUCCCAGAUGUUCGAUGCCAGUGCACCAUAGUACACCUUCCCCCAUCCUCCUGUCGCUGCAUUCGUGAACAGUGGCACUUUCACUCCUGGUAACGCAACCACAACCACAUCUUCAACGGCAACGGCAAGGUGGUGCUGCUGGGAUGUCGACAACCUCCAAGGGGAAGAUGUGCAUGCUCAAGAAGGGCAAGUGUGCCUCUUCGUUGGUUAUUCCAUCAGCCUCCGCAGUGGCAGCCAGCAGCACCACCACUGACAUGUACCACCAACACUUCAGCAGGGUCACGCGCAGACGGCUGCAGUAUCUAAAACACCUCUGAUUAUGACCACGACAUGCACACCCAUGAUAAUGACUGCUGUUUAGAUCCUGCCUUGUUGUAUACCUACCCAGUCAUUCAUAUUAUAGGUUGUAUAGUACAUUGCUAUCAUUGCGCAAUAAAAAUU